CCGCCGCGGGGGCCGAGCCACCAUGCCCAUCACUCGGAUGCGCAUGAGACCCUGGCUAGAGAUGCAGAUUAAUUCCAACAAAAUCCCAGGGCUGAUCUGGAUUAAUAAAGAAGAGAUGAUCUUCCAGAUCCCGUGGAAGCAUGCUGCCAAGCACGGCUGGGACAUCAACAAGGAUGCCUGUCUGUUCCGGAGCUGGGCCAUUCACACAGGCCGAUACAAAGCAGGGGAAAAAGAACCAGAUCCCAAGACGUGGAAGGCCAACUUCCGCUGCGCCAUGAACUCUCUGCCGGACAUCGAAGAGGUGAAAGACCAGAGUAGGAACAAGGGCAGCUCGGCAGUGCGCGUGUACCGGAUGCUGCCUCCCCUCACCAAGAACCAGAGGAAAGAGAGAAAGUCCAAGUCCAGCCGAGACACUAAGAGCAAGGCCAAGAGGAAGCAGUCCUGUGGGGACUCCAGCCUAGACACCUUCGAUGGGCUCAGCAGCUCUACCUUGCCCGAUGACCACAGCAGCUACACAACCCAGGGCUUCCUGGGCCAGGACCUGGAAGUGGACCGAGCCCUUACUCCCGCUCUGUCACCGGGUGUUGUCAGUAGCACUCUCUCCGACUGGCACAUGCAGAUGGAAAUCGUUCCAGACAGCACCAGUGACCUGUACAACUUCCAGGUGUCGCCCAUGCCUUCCACCUCCGAAGCUGCCACAGAUGAGGAUGAAGACGGGAGAUUACCUGAGGACCUCAUGAAGCUAUUUGAGCAGUCCGAAUGGCAGCCAACAAGCGUGGAUGGGAAGGGAUACUUGCUCAAUGAGCCCGGUGCCCAGCCCACCUCGAUCUAUGGAGACUUCAGCUGCAAGGAGGAAACAGAGGUGGACAGCCCUGGGGGGGAUCUCGGGAUGGGCCUACCACGCGUCUUCACUGAUCUGAAGAACAUGGACACCAACUGGUUUGACAGUCUGCUAUCCCCCGUGAGGCUGACCUCUGUCCAGGCCAUUCCUUGUGCACCAUAGCUGGACUGUUGCAAUUCACGGGCUUUCCUAAAAGAGCAAGGUCUGGCAUCGUGAUGGCUGAGGUGCAGAGAAGCUAGACUGUUGUGGGCCCCUCGACACAGCCAGGUGCAACGUCCCUGCCAAACUGGGAUGGACCACCCUCCUAGGGUCAGUGGAGUCUCAUGAUCCAGAAGGCCAGGGUCCGCGCUUGUCUUUCGGAGUCAAGCUGGCCCUGCCUGCUGGGACGAUGGGAUUGUUUUGAGGUAGACGACCUGCAUAGGAGGAAGCCUCGAGCUGUUCUCAGCCCACGUGUCUGCAGAGGGUCUUGUCACUAAGCUGGCCCGAAGGGGAACAGAUCGGUGACCUCAGAAAAGCAUUGCACCAACCUCAGGGUUUGCUCUGCACUGUGGGAGACAUUUGCACUAAGAGUCCUGUUCCCAAAGAACCCCUUCCCCUUCCCAGCUGAGCCCUAGGGUCUGUUCCAAAGCCAGUGAAAUGUGAAGGAAAUGGGGUCCCACAGGGCUCUGCUCCCGCAGCCUCAGGAGCUGCUCCCUGCCCCGGCUGCGGGGCCUGGGGAGAAACAUGGCACUUUUCCUGUGGACCCUGCCACAUUUCUGAUCACAGGUGUACACUAACAUUCCCCCCGAAGCCCUGGCCUUCGCAUUUAUUUAUACAGUGCCUUGCCUGUUGCCCACGGCCCCCUUUGGCCCCAGCAGCCCCCAGCAGGCCCAGAGAAGGGAGUGCGAGCGCCUUGGCGUGACUUUGAAAACCGGAAACUCCAUGCAACCGCUAAGUCAUGUGUGAUCACGCGUGGACUUGUGUAAAUACUGUAGAUGCCUUUUUAUAAAAAGUUAAUUGUUUAUAA